AUACAUCAUCACAAAAAUCUCUAUCCUCUGCCUCUGAAAACUUCGCAAUUACUUUAAGCACAUACAAUUUAAGUAGUGUUUAAAGUAUUGGACAUAAAGUUAUUAUUUUACGACACUUAAAAAUAUUAUAUCGAGAGGACAUUCUCAGUUAGUUCUUAUGGUGUGAAGGUGUGAUACUAAAGCCUCUCAAGUGGGUUGAAAUUGAAAGCUCAAGAGAUAAUGGAAAACCUUUAUACUGCGCUUAGCGCUGUUAAAACUCUGCGAUCCAGUGUUGGCCAAGUGUUCAGCAGUCUUUCGAAUGGUUUGCGGGCUGAUCAUGGAGAAGACGGCAAAGAAAAUAAGUUUUUGUUGGAACUUCAAGAUCUUUUGUCAUCUGUUAAUAACCACCUUAGGGAUGUAGAACAAGCAGUGAAUGGUCUAUCACAACCGCCCGGUCCCUUUAGUCUUGGUAAUACCAGCUUCCUCAGCCAGGAAUGUACCCAUGAUCGUCUUGCUUUAUACAGCCAACUGGUUCUAAGCUACAAGUGGACAGAUAAGCUUCACGAGUACAGCAGUUUGGCCACGCAGUUGUUGAACCAGAACUCUCUGAAGCGAUCAUACACAGGAGCUAAUAGCAGCAAGAGACGACGCACACCCACGAGUGCGCAUAACGUUCCUAUACAAGCUGUGGAAACGCUGAUUGCCGCAAUCGACCGACAGUACCAGGACAUGAACAUCAGCAUCUGUCGGGAGUUCCGCAACAGUCCCGUGGGGCCGACACAAGUGACUUGUGCUGAGGUGCGGUUGACCCAGCAGAGCAUCAGCAGGGACUACCAGGCAAUGCAUGACAAUGGCAUACCUCAGGUGGUGAUUGUACAAGUGACCCUUGGCAGGGUGCUGCAAGCAUUGUUGACUCUAAAGGGAAUGAUGAUAGAAUGGGUCAACGUGAAGGGGUUUGGUGAAACUCUGGAGCUGUGGUCCGAGUCUCGGCACAAGGUUUUCCGCAAACUGACUGAAAACACACAUGCAGCUAUGUUACAUUUUUACUCUCCAAAUGUCCCUGAAUUUGGAGUGAGGUCAUUCAUUACGUGGCUUCAUAGUUACAACAACUUAUUCAGUGAGCCGUGCAAGCGUUGUGGCAACUACCUCCAAAGCUCCCUUCCUCCUACCUGUCGAGACCUGCGUACGCUGGAGCCGUACCAUGAAGAGUGUAGGCCUUGAUCCAACGAUUUCUCAACAUGAGAUCUUUGUAAAGUCUUUUUUACCAUUUCUUAAAUAUCUUUGCAGACAAAUGUGUUUCAAAGUGAAAAUGUGUGGGAAAAGGUCAUGGGACUUAUCAGCUGUGUAACCGUUGCUGUGUAUGUAUGAUCAUUAUGAACUUUUAUCCAUAGUUAUAGCCGGAUAAAGUUUUUUAUACGGUUUCUUAUAUAUCUUUGCAGACAAAUGUUUUUGAAAGCGAAACUGUGUUUGGAUGGGACUUUUCAGAUGUGUAGCCUUUAUUGUGUAAACAUUGUAAACUUUUAUCCAUUGGUUAUCGUCUGAAUUUUGUAAAGGAACACUGUACUCCCUAGGUUGUAAACUAUGACAAAACAUUAAUGUUGUGUUUUGUAUCUCAUAGAUUUUAUGGUGCAUCGGUUGAACAGUGAGCUUACCUUACUGAAAAAAUAGUAGAAAGUAGGUCCUACAAGAAAUAAAGAAAACUCUUUGUAUCUCAUAGAUUUUAUGGUGCAUCGGUUGAACAGUGAGCUUACCUUACUGAAAAAAUAGUAGAAAGUAGGUCCUACAAGAAAUAAAGAAAACUCACGAAACAAUGCAAUUUGUAACUACUUAUUCCUUAUUAAGGUAAGAGUAUUUUUAUCAUUGUAGGCUUGUUGUUGAAAGCCCACAACAGACGAACAAAUACUAGCAGUUUCUAAAUUCUGUUUCAUGUUUUUAUUUAUUCUUUACCUGUUAUUUGUAUCCAUAAGUUAAGCCUGCUGUUCAACCAAUCCGCCAUAACAUCUUUAAUGUCUGGAUCCUUUACUAAAUAUUGUCAUAACUGACUUAUUCAUUUUGAGGUUCAAACUUUAUACCUGUACAUAAAACUUAAAUAGCCAAAUAUCUUCUUCUUAAACCUACUUAAGUAGAAAGUAUAUUGUUAGUGUAAGAUAUAUUUGUUUGUAAGAAGACGUCAGUUGUAAAGUAUUUGUCAAAUAAAUACAAGGUAUUAUACAA